UUAACAAACGAAUGCAAACCGCUUUGUGAGUACCUGGUCUCCCGUGGGUCAGCCCCUGGUUCGUCACCGCGUGGGUCCAACCACACGCACGCGCACGGGAUACACUAACCAGCAGCUCCCUCCUUUCGUGCGCGUGAUUCUUCGUCACUCCCGAACAAGUGGAGGUUCCAAGCGGAUCAGAACACUGCCGUGUGUGUUUUGGACUCGCGUGGAGGAGCGGGUGUCUUCCACCACCCAGGACCAGCUGCAGCAGCAAGCACGAAGCAUGCUCUCAUCCCCGCUCUGGUCUCACGCGAGACAGGACUAAGGGAGGAGGCGUUUUGAACUUUUUUUGUGUGUGGUUUAUUUCGGCGUAAUCUCUGGUCCAGCAGGGAUGUCAUCUUCACGCGUGGAUUACAUCGCGCCGUGGUGGACUUACUGGCUCCACAGUUUCCCCCACGUCAACCUGAGACUGCAGCCCGUAGACAACAGCUUCAGACCCGACGACGAGAACUACCAGCAGUCUCUGCUGUUUCUGGGCUGCGUGGCGGCGACGGCGCUGGGCGUCAACCUGCUGGGUCUGGCCGUCUACCUCAGCUGCCUGUGCUGCCGCCGCAAGGAUGACGACGACGGCGGCGGCGGCGGCAGCGAGGAGGACGGCAAGAAGCCGGCGUCCUGCUGCGUCACCUGGUCGGCCGUCGUCGCGGGCCUUGUCACUUGCGUGGCCGUAGGCGUGGGUUUCUACGGCAACAGCGAGACCAACGACGGCGUGUACCAGCUGACGUACUCGCUGUACAACGCCAACAACACCCUGGGUGGCGUGGACAGCCUGCUGCAGGUGAGCACCACUAUGGGUAACAUGAAGAGCGGCCUGCACCAGCACCUUGCCCGCCUGGACGAGAUCUUCGCCACGCGCGGCGACUACGUCCAGACGCUGCAGUUCAUGCAGCAGAUGGCCGACAACGUCAUCAAGCAGCUGCUGGGCUUGCCGGACUGGGCCCAGGCCGACAUGGACCUGGCGUCCGUGGCCGAGCUGGCGGCCAGCGUGGAGUACUACAGGUGGCUGGCGUACCUGCUGCUCCUCAUCCUUGACCUCAUCAUUUGCCUGCUGGCUUGUCUGGGACUCGCCAAGCAGUCUCGCUGGCUGCUCACCACGAUGAUGCUGUGCGGGGUACUGACGUUGAUACUCAGCUGGGCGUCGCUGGGUGCCGAACUGGCCGCCGCUGUGGCCACGAGCGACGUCUGCGUGGCGCCUGACAAGUUCAUCAUGAGUCAAAUCAAAGGUGUCAUCGGCACAGAUAUCGUUCAUUACUAUGUUUACUGCAACCAAACGCUGACCAACCCUUACCAGCAGCCUCUGACGCUUUUCCAGAGAUCUCUGACCACCAUGCAGAUCCAAAUCCAGGGUUUGCUGCAGUUCGCCGUGCCGCUCUUCCCUACAGCGGAGCGAGACCUGGUGGGCAUCCAGCGCGUUCUCAACUCGUCUGAGGCCAGCCUGCACCAGCUGACAGCACUGUUAGACUGCCGGGGGCUCAACAAGGACUACCUGGACGCCAUGGUGGGUGUGUGUUACGACGGCGUGGAGGGCGUGCUCUACCUGUGCCUCUUCUCCGUUCUGGCGGCCUGUGCCUUCACCAUCAUGCUCUGCGCCAUCCCCAGGGCGUGGAGGCAGAUAGCCAACAGCGAGCAGGACUACGACGACAUCGACGAGGAGGAUCCCUUCAACCCCCGGCGCAACCGGAUGGGCUCGCAGAACCAGAACCACACCACCGUGCACAGCUUCUGCAGCUACAGCAGCAGCAUGGGCAGCCAGAAUAGCCUGCAGCCCCCCGCGCCCCCGCUCUCCAACGCCCCCAUGGGCGACUACAUGAACCAGACGGCUCUGUUCGGAGGGAAUCCUCGCUACGAGAACGUCCCUUUGAUUGGACGAGGCUCGCCGCCACCCUCGAUAUACUCUCAGCCGUAUAGAAACCGAUACUCCCCCAGCAUGAGGGCCACGUACCUGUCCAUGACGGAGGAGCAGCGGCGGCAUUUCGGCAACGACUUCCAAGUGUGAUCUUUGGGAGAUUUUCUUCAGGGAAGCCCCGCCAUUGUCGUGUGGGACGCAUGUGAAAGUGACCCGGGCACACGUUUGGAUGAUGAGACGCCCCCCCCCCCCCCACCACCCCCUCACAUCCUUCCCUGGAGUUUGAAACGUGAGGAAAGACUUUCUUAAAAGUUCUGCAGAAACAAGGGUGCACAUUUUUGUCCUUAGUGACAGCAGUCUAGAGAGCUCAAAAAAUAUUUAAGAACAAGCAAGGAGGAAAAAAAAAAACAUUUUGGACAAGAUUUUUCUGUUCCACGACUGUUAUUAUGAAGUAUGCGUGGAAAGCGAUGGCACUGUUGUUACGUUUUGUUGGUUUUUUUGUUGUUGUAAUUUUUGGCUCACUUUUCUGUGCGCAAAAACUACAACAUUGUAAAUAAUUUCUACAACAACUUAUUUUUUUGUAAUUUUUGUUUGCGCAGUUUUCAAUAUAUUUUGGGGGGGUUUCUUUGUUUUUUUUCUACUCACUGAAGGGCCAAUAAUGUACAUUUUUCUUUGCAUAUCAACUAACGGAAUACAUACUGCCCUUAAGCCCGACAUCAGAAGCUGUUGUCCUGCUGCUUUUAACCACCGCAUUCAGCAUGUCACACUGUGUCCGGGAGCUGAGAGUGAUGCCUAAUUCUUUGUGGGGCCAAAAAGCAUUUGUGACUAAAUGUGUGUUGAAUAAAUACAUUUUUAGUACGGCACUGUCUGUAUUAGCAUAACAUGUAGCUAACAUAGAGCUAGGUUAUGUUUUGCUUUCCUCCAGCAGGUGUUGACAAAAAGCUGUAGAGCUCCAAAAAUUUUUUGUCUUUUUUUAUUGUUGUUGUUGUUGUUGUUUUUAACUUGACCAGCUAUUUAUUUUAUUUGAAAAAUAAAUAAACAAAACAGCACAAUCAACACAGUAAUACAUCCAUUAAAAAAGAAAGGUAAUAAAAUGUUAACACCACUUUUUAAAUGGCAAGUCUAUAUAAAUUACAAAAUGAAGACUAAUGUAUGUUUUCCAAUUUUAGUUGCCCUAUUAUCUGUAAAACUCCAUCGAAAAUAUAUAUCUUUCCGUUGCAGCAAAUUAUUUAUUUAUUUAAUCCAGGGCAAAAGAGCAGGUACUUGAGCACCACCUAGUGGUUUUAUAUGCACGUACCUGUUCAUCUCCAAUAUAUAUAUAAUGUCAGAACGUGUUUAAAUAUCUAAAUUGUCUAAAAUAUUGUUACAUUUACAUACUUGUUCUGUCAUCUUGUUUUGAAACACUUCUAAAAGGUCCAAAUAUUUAUGUAUGGCCUUUCAUUUUUCUCAAAUUAUUUUUUAUAAUCUAAGAUGUCAGUGUGUGUUAUCAGAAUGUUAAUGAAUCAUCUUUGAAAAUUAAAACCGCCCAGAACAGUUCUGGUCUUGUAGCUGUAGGACCUCCAAAAAUAUUUAUUCAAAUUAAGAUAUAACAUAUUGGAUAAAUCUUGUCCUUUUCUUGCAAAUUAUAUUAAUUAUUUAUGAUGCAAAAAAUGUCCCCAAUACCUUGUUUUAAUGACUUUUUUUUUAUAUUUGUUGUUGUCUCUAAUGUAAAUAAACUAUAUCCUAUGUAAAUAUAAAAUAAAUGUUUUUAAAAAGUC